UUUAAGUUUCGCUGUGCGCUGCUAGGCAACCGUGUGUGGUGCGCAAGGCCAGUCACAAUCGUUGAGCUGGUGCACAGUGUGGCUACGUACGGCGUCGAGCUCGACGGGUGGUCUGCACCCCAUAUCCGACGUCAUGGUGGUGCAGGUGGUGACGCCAGAGACAGGCGUGACGGAGGGUCAUGAGGCAUCAGUGUCGGGCAGUGGAACAGCGGCAGCCAGUGGCACAGAGGCUCGUAGCGGCGCAGUAUCAGCGCCCCAUUUGUCUAUGCCUGAGGCUGGCGACAAAGAGACUGUGUUUUGCAAAAAUGACGCACCAUCACAGAUGCCAGGAGGAACAUUGUCAUUGGCGUCAGAGGCAGCGGCACUGCCCGAGGCAAAUGUGUCCUCGGUGAAUUCGAAAAUACAAAUUUCUUCAGAAUCUGAGGUACCGUGUCGAGGGGCGGAGCGGUCAUCUCAAGAGCUGGACGUGCAUUCUCCAAGGUCAGAAAUUUCACCUUUGAAGCCAGAGGCCCCAGCUGCUAAGCCUGAAGUACCGUCUUCAGAGCCAGAAGUCUUGACUUCAGAUCCAAAGGUGCCGUCCUCGGAGCCACUAACGUCGCCGUAUGAGUCUAGCACAGAGAACUCCGAUUCAGAUGAGUCAUCGUCAGACACAGAUUUAUCGGCAUCAGAUACCGACGACGAAACAUCCCUAUCUGCGUCUGACGCGUCAUCACAGACGUCAGAGAAAACCUCAUCAGAGACGUCAGAGGAAACAUCAUCAGAGACGUCAGAACAAGCAUCAUCAGAAACGUCAGAACGGACGUCACGGACAGAGGUGUCACCCGAGUCUUCAUGCGCAGAUUUGGCUAGCAUUAUCUUGGCCUCUGCAAGUUCGAUGCUUGACGAAACAGUGUCUAGGUUGGAAGGGCUACAUAUCAACACCAUACGAGUACUCGAGCUAGGGGAUGUUGGAGACGACUGUGGUCAAGGUAAAAAUGCCAAGUCUGUAAAUGCCAAGUCUGUAAACCAAGAGACCGCAGCAUUUCCCCCGCUCUUACAGCAGUCGUGCAACCCCACGACUGAACCAAACGUCCUACGUCGCCCUGAGGAUCUGUCAACCAGCCGGCACGACAUGGGACUGCCGCUUCCAAGACAAACGCCCAGCGUCAGCGGUAGAAACGUCGGUGAGCACUUGUGCAGCAUAUGUCGCGAGCCAGGGCACGAAGAACGCAGCUGUCUUCUGGCUAGCUCAAAUAAGCCCCCAGAGGAAGCAUUGGUUAGAGAACGUAUUUGUAGUGUCUGUCGUAGAUCAGGGCAUGGCGAACACAAUUGCCUUCUUGCUGAACCAAGUGAAGUCCCUGGGGAUAUAUUGGUUAAAGAGCCGUUUUGUAGUGUCUGUCGUAGGCCAGGACACGAUAAGCGUACCUGUCUUCUGGGUGCACCAAGUGAAACCCCUGGAGAGGACUCAGUUAAAGAGCAUCGUUGUAGUGUCUGUCGUAAGCCAGGACACGACAGGCGCAGUUGUCCUGUGGCUGGGCCUCGGGAUACUACUGCCGGUGGGCGAGAUGGAGUUAUAGAGGAUGGUUCAGGUGUGCCACAAUGUGGAGUCUGUGGCAAGACAGGACAUGAUCAGAAAACUUGUCCUGCAGGUGCCGUUAGGGGCUCUGUGAAUGAAUCAAGUGUGCAGCACUGUGAACUAUGUGGCAGGACGGGACAUGGCAAGAGGACUUGUCCUUCCAGUAGUGGAGGAGGUGCCAGUGGUUUUGAAAGUUUGCUUGGCUACAGAACAGGUAAUAGUUUCAGUGGUAGUGUUCAAUGCUGUGGCAUCUGUAGACAACCAGGUCACAACAGAAGGACCUGCCCUCUGGGCGAUGGUGGCUUAGGAAGUUCGUUUGGAGACAGUGGAAGUAAUAGUUCGGGUGCCUCGAGUGGCAGGGUCCAAUGUUGUGGCAUCUGUAGACAGCCAGGCCACAACAGAAGAACGUGUCCUAUGGGUGAUGGUGGCUUGGGAAGUUUGUUUAGUGUAGGCGGUAAUAGCAGUUCGAGUGGCAGGGUCCAGUGUUGUGGUAUCUGUAGACAGCCAGGCCACAACAGAAGAACGUGUCCUAUGGGUGAUGGUGGCUUGGGAAGUUUGUUUGGUGUAGGCGGUAGUAGCAGUUCGAGCGGCAGGGUCUAUCGCUGUGGCAUCUGUAGGCAGCCAGGUCACAACAGGAGAACCUGCUCUUUUCGUUGAAUCACGGAUUACGGGACUCGGGAGUCGUCCUGUUAUUUCUUUGGUCAGUAUCCUUACAACUUUUCUAGUUUUCGCUGUAAGUACAGUUGCAGUUACCAGGUCAGUGGCGUCUCAUUGUGAAUCCUGCGCGCAUCCUGCCCGACCUGUUAGACAAACGGUCGGCGCUUAUACAAUGGUUUGUCUUCCCGCCUCCCGAGAUUAUACGUUUACAUAUCAGUUACACCAAAUGUGGCAAAACUUGGGCCGGAAUGCUAUCGUUCGGUCCGUCAUUAUCACUGAACACAGCUCUUUUCCAUUUCGUACUAAAACUCACGUGCUCAGACGGACCCAAUCUCCAUUGCACGUGCAGAAAAGCCAGAGUGUUCUGAAAGGAGUCAUCAGUCACCAGUGUGAAUCCGACUGAUUGUCACGUCAAUUGUCACCUAUGUAUGUAUGCAUGUAUGUAAUCUAUUCUUUAUGAUUAAUACCUUUGGGGAAUGCCGUUAAAUUUGCUGUUAGCGAUGCGAACAGAGCGCAGGGCACCGUCGGGCGUCGGUCAUUUCAAAUUGGCAGGCACAGCAGAUCAAACCGCGAGUGCAAUAGAAAUGCUGUUCGUUCUGACUUCGUUCUGUGGAAAUGUAUUUCACCUUUUGCCUUUGCAAUCGCGGUAUGGGUGUGGAGUCGUGGAGGUGUAGGUAUGUGAAUUGUGUAGUGUGUGCACACAGGAUAAGUUUCUGAUAUUGCCGUGUGCUGGUGCUUGCAUGCAUGUCUUGCAAUAUGAUUGAUAAACUGGCUGAUGAUGAUGAUGAUGAUGAUGAUGAUGAUGAUGAUGAUGAUGAUGAUGAUCACGAUGUUUUUUAGUACAAUGUGCUAUUUGCACUAUCCAAUCAGCCGAUGGCGCCCGACGUUUGCCUGCUUUCAGAUGAAUGCUAUGCGUCUGUACGGCGGAACAACAUCAUGUGCAUCCUGCUAUGUUCAUCGUCACAUUAUUGACAGUCCCUGCUGUUGUGUGGAAAUGUUUCCACUAGCUGUUCAACCCGGUUGACUUUAGAUAGGAUGUUUUUAUGCGCCGAAUGUUUGUGUUAACCCGCGCCGUGCUGGUGGCCUGAACUUUCCGCCGAGUGCUGGGGGGGGGGGCGUUUUCACGCCCCCCCGUCUAACUCGGCUCCUGCAGGCCACGUAGCGACACGCGGUAAGCGGCAAUCGAAAGAGCGUCAAAAAUAAGGACGAAAACACUUCGGUCAUUUUUUGGGUCAGGUCAAAGGUCAGGUCACCAGAGGUCACCAAAGGUAAAAUGUUGACUAUUUCAACAUUUUGGAAACUGCCAACGGCUAUCUCGGGAACCGAUAGAGCUACAGCGCCGCGGAAAAGCGCAUUCGAUAGCCCUUUUACAGACCUUUCUGAGUAAUGUUCUCAGAUUUGACCUCAGGUCAACGGUUUAGCCUCCAGAGGGCAAAAACUCCAAAAAUAGCCGUUUUUACGAAAAACGUUUUUUCGUCAAUAACUUUUGACUCAUAAGCGCCAUGACAUUACUUUUGCCAGCAUCGUGUUCCUCUCGUCGAGACGCGUCGAAUGAACUAUUUGUUGACCUUGAAAGGUCAUUUUGAAAAUUUGACCUCAGGUCAAGGUCAUGACCUGACCGAAAAGGGUCAUGUUGCAUAUCAGUCGAUCCGUAUCGUCGAGCUGAACACAUCUGACGUGUUUUCACCGCUCUAGCACGUCUCUAUCAAAAGUUAUAGCCAAAAAACUGCUGGCGACCGUUCAUGACCUGAGAUGACCUCAGGGGCACACAGAGGGGUCACAGGUGCAUUUUUCCUAUUCAGUGUGUCAUGUUUACCUAUGAACCGAUGUUUGAGAGCGUUUUGAACGAUAUUCGUCCAAAAGAGGCGCAUUUCAAUUUUCUCCCAUUGACUUAUAAUGGAGAGGUCGCAAAAUUGACCUGACCUUAGGUCACAGAUAUCAAAAAUCCGAGAUAAACAUUUUAUACAUACUGUUACUCAUAUCAAUCGCUGAAAGUUUCAAAGUGCUCGUUCAGUCGGUGUAGCUAUAGCGAGCCUUUGAACUUUUUCUGAGGUAAGGUCACUUGACGUGACCUGGUGACCUGACCUUGAACGGCCUAGGUCUGAAAUUUUCACAACAUGUGCGGAAAUGAUGUAGGAACACGUGUACCAAAAACGGCGGCGCUGCGCGCCGCCGUUUUUGAGAUAUUCGCAAAAAACCUGAGGGGGGGGGGGCGUAAAAACGCCCCCCCCAGCACGGCGCGGGUUAAUAUUUAGUAAUGAAGAGCACUCAUUUAUAUGACUCUAUCGACUACCGGAACUGUCGAUGCGUCCAUAGAGCGGAAGCAUCAAUGAAUUGUGUUUAGAGCGGGCACCGCAGUCCGGCAUUCAACGAUUAAAAAAAACAUUGUUUGUCAUAUGUUUACGAUAAGCAGAGUGACGUUAUGAAACUGUUGUUAAAUGCUUUCAGGCUUAGGCUAAUGGGCAUACGCUAUGCGCUAAUUUGUUCGUCUAAGAAUGAAAUAAGAAAUGCUGGCUUGUU